UGCUGGUUGGUUGGGUUUGGAGGCAGCAGAUAUGGGUGCUCCAUCAAACGGGUCACGGUCAGGGUCACCUUGUCCCACACUAUAAAGUUAAAAAAAUGGGUAAAAACAUAUUUUGUUUUGAUCAUCUGGUUUGUGGAAAAGGAGGAAGUUGGUGUGAAAAGUGAUGAAACCUGAUCGUGAAAAGAGGAAGCUGCAGGGAAUAAAAGCGCAGCUGCAGAACGUCUGAGCUUCAUCUGAUCAGAUCAGAAACCCAGCGGACCGCUCUUCUCCUCUCCUCUUCAUCACCGCAAGCUCUGUCGUGUUCAUCCGUGUGUUCUUUCUUUAGUUCCUAUUUGUGCAACUUUUGACUCCUGCCACCAUGAAGAGGGCCCAGCGGAACAUGAGAGGCCGCUUCCCCCGCCCGGUGGCGACCUCCAACCUUCACCUGGACGACGAGGCUGAUUACAGGGAGUUUGAGCCGUUUGAAGGGGAAUUUGGCUUGUACCCUAGAGCGCCUUCAAACGAUGAUGGAAGUGCUCUGCAGGUGCUGACCAUCGACAUGCAGAAGGAGCGGAACGCCGGGAGCCACAACACCGCCGACUUCAUCAACACACCGCUGCUGGUGGUCCGCCGCGGCCAAGAGUUCUCCAUAGACAUCACCUUCAACCGCCCACUGGCGCCACAAGAUGAUGUGCAGAUCGAGUUCCUGAUUGGGUCUGACCCAACCCCCCAGAAGAGGUCCCUGCAGAUCGUGACUUUGGGCAACCGAGAGGGCGGCACCUGGAAGGGUCAGAUCCUGGGGGUGCAGGGCGCUGUGACGACAGUCGGGAUCACACCGGACACCCAGUCCAUCGUGGGUUUGUAUCGCACCUAUGUGGCCAUUGCCACCGGCGGCGGCAUGCAGCGGACCCAGAAGGACCCCACCACCAACCUCUACCUGCUGUUCAACGCCUGGAGUCCAGAUGACGAUGUGUACUACCCUGAUGAUGCCGGGCGCUGGGAGUACGUCCUCAACUCAAGCGGUCACAUCUACCAGGGUGCAGUGGGGUCUGUUUCUGAGCGCUACUGGGUUUACGGACAGUUUGACAAGGGUGUUUUAGACGCCUGCAUUUACAUCAUGGACUCUUGUCAGAUGCCAAUCCAUGACCGAGGGGACAUCAUCAAAGUUGCCAGGAAGGCAUCUGCCAUGAUGAACUCCCAGGAUGACAACGGGGUGUUGGUUGGGAACUGGAGUGAUGACUUUUCCAUGGGAACGCCUCCAACUGCUUGGACUGGCAGCACCAAAAUCCUUCAGGAUUACUUAGGCCAGGGAAUCCCCGUCUGCUAUGCUCAGUGUUGGGUGUUUGCCGGAGUCCUGUGUUCAUUCAUGAGAAGCAUAGGAAUUCCAUGCAGGGUCAUCACCAAUUUCAACUCGGCCCACGACAACACAGGGAACCUGAAGACCGAGCUCAUCUUCAAGCCGGACGGCACACCGGACAGACGCAACACCAGGGACUCCAUCUGGAACUACCACUGCUGGUGUGAAGCCUUCAUGAAGCGCCCUGACCUGCCACCAAAGUACUCCGGAUGGCAGGUGGUGGACGCCACACCGCAGGAGACCAGUGACGGAUAUUUUCGAUGUGGUCCCGCUCCUGUCAUCGCACUCAAGGAUGGUGAAUUGAACCACCAGUUUGACUGCAGAUUUGCAUUUGCUGAGGUGAACAGUGACAUCGUCUAUAUAAAGAUGGAUCGCUAUGGCAACAUGAACGUCUUUAACACAGACAAAACCUCGGUUGGAGCUCAAAUCCUCACUAAAGCUGUGGGCACCAAUGGGAUGGAGGACAUCACACAUACCUACAAGUACCCUGAAGGAAGUAAUGAGAACAACAAUACCAUGAGUCAGGCGGAGCAGUUCGGCCUGGAGAGGGACAACUCAGAGAUGCCGGAAAGCAAGCUGUCAGCCUCAAUCACUGUUGAUCCAUGUCAACUGGGUGAUACUGUGAAGGUCACAGUGACCUUCAAAAACCAGAACCAGGUGGACAAAAUGAUCAAAGCCCACCUGGAAGUGUCUGCUGUUUUCUACACCGGAGUCGUGCUGGACGAAUUCAAAGUGGAGGAUUUCAGCAUUUACACAGCAGCUUUUCAGAGUAACUCUGCUGUGUUUGAGGUCACGCCUCAGGAGUACAUGCCUCACCUGGGCGCUAAAAUGUCCUUGCACUUUGUCAUCACUGGAAAAACAGAAGACGAGAAUGUGUCUGAUGUCAAAGUGAUCUACCUGAAGCCCCCUCCUCUCAUUGUGCAGCUGAGCGGCACUCCUCAGGUGAACCAGCAAAUGUUUGUGACGGUGUACUUCAAGAACCCCCUCAACAUGUCUCUGUACAACGCCCGGCUGGUCAUGGAGGGCGCGGCGCUUCUGGACCACAGGGAGUUUAAGUACAGCGUCAUCGGACCAAACAUGGAGAUCUCCCAGAAGGUGGCCUUCAGACCGCAGAAGCCCGGCUGGAGGAGCAUCGUGGCUGUUCUUGACUGCCAGAACCUGACGGAGGUCACAGGAAAAGUGGACGUCAAGAUUAUGCCAUGAGGCUCAGACCUUCACCUGCUGCUUCCAGACCACGGUGGAGCUCCUUCAUCUCCUCGUGUGAUCUUACUUCCUAGAAAAGAUCUGAAAACAAAUCUGAUUGUUUCCCCACAGACUUGGAGGCUCUUUAACCUUUAGACACAUCUCCAGGAUUAAAGUGGAUUAAGUGUUAUGACGCAGUAAAAGCAGAGUAACGUGUCACCUGACCACAGGAGCACACCGUCAUCAGCAAAACUGAACAACUGAAACCACUUCCCACAUCGACGAAAAACGUAACGCCCGGAACCCUGACAGAAUUUGGAAUUACUGACCUAAAAAUACCCUCAACUAAAACCUGUUACAGAUUUUUAUCCAGAAACGUGUUGGAAAGGAUUGAAAAAUCUAUUCCAUUUGACAGAAUCAUUAAAUACACAUUUAUGAUUUAUUCAUUGAAUUAAAAGUUCAAUAUUUUAAUUGAUCUUUAAAUCUGCAGAUAAACAAAGAAAAAGGACAUUUUUGAGUAUUCUAAAGUGGAAUUAUGAGGAGAAGUAGCAUUAUUACUUUAAUGAAGUCAAUUUUGGUUAAAAAGUCUAAACAUGUUCUCAAACGUCGAGAGAUUCCCUCUAAAUCCUCCAGUCUGUGUGGAAACGUCAUCAAUAACAACAAAACAAUCCGACUGUUAACGUGAUUUUUCUCUAAACCUUUUCUGCUGUUUUCACUGCUGUUUACUAACAAUAAAGCAAAUUCAAAGACAAA